AUGGAAGAUGAUUCCCCAACCCUGAAACCCAGGCGCAUCCAGAACCAGAAUGUAGUCCAUCGACUGGAGCGGCGGCGGAUCUUCUCUGGGCGGGCUGGAGCCCACUGGUACCGCGUGCGCUGCUUCCACCAGAACCUUUUCCCCAACUUCACUGUGGUCAACGUAGAGAAGCCUCCCUGCUUCCUCCGCAAGUUCUCCCCAGAUGGACGCUGCUUCAUAGCCUUCUCCUCUGACCAGACCUCCCUGGAGAUCUAUGAGUACCAGGGCUGCCAGGCGGCUGAGGAUCUGCUGCUGGGGCAGGAUGGGGAGACCCUGGCCAAUGGCAAUGACCAACGCUCCCUCAACAUCCGCGGCCGCCUCUUUGAACGCUUUUUUUCAUUACUGCACGUCACUAAUGUGGCCUCCAAUGGAGAGCACCUGAACCGAGAGUGCAGCCUGUUCACUGAUGACUGUCGCUAUGUGAUCGUGGGCUCAGCGGUGUAUGUGCCAGAGGAGCCCUCUCCACACUUCUUUGAGGUGUACCGCAACAACGAGUCUGUGACUCCCAACCCCCGCUCUCCUCUGGAGGACUACUCACUGCACAUCAUUGACCUGCACACUGGCCGGCUUUGUGACACCAGGUCCUUCAAGUGUGACAAGAUCAUCCUCUCGCACAACCAGGGACUCUACCUCUACCGUAACAUACUGGCUGUUCUUUCUGUUCAGCAGCAGACAAUCCAUGUCUUUCAGGUGACAUCAGAGGGGACGUUCCUGGACGUGCGAACCAUUGGUCGGUUCUGCUACGAAGACGACCUCCUCACUCUGUCUGCGGUGUACACUGAGGCCCGGGCCGAGGGCCAGCCAGGCUUCUCCCGCCUCUACAAGGAGAAGACCAUCAACUCCCUGAAGCACAGACUACUGGUCUACCUGUGGAGACGGGCUGAGCAGGACGGCAGCGCCACCGCCAAGCGACGCUUCUUCCAGUUCUUUGACCAGCUGAGACAGCUGAGGAUGUGGAAGAUGCAGCUACUAGAUGAGCACCACCUCUUCAUCAAAUAUACCAGUGAGGACGUGGUCACCCUGCGAGUCACUGACCCCUCUCAGCCCUCGUUCUUUGUAGUGUACAACAUGGUGAGCACAGAGGUGAUGGCAGUCUUUGAGAACACCUCUGACAAACUGCUGGAGCUGUUUGAGAACUUCUGUGACCUGUUCCGGAACGCCACGCUCCACAGUGAAGCUGUUCAGUUCCCCUGCUCUGCCUCCAGCAACAACUUUGCACGGCAGGUCCAGAGAAGGUUCAAAGACACCAUAGUGAAUGCAAAGUAUGGCGGUCACACUGAGGCUGUGAGGAGGCUGCUGGGACAGCUGCCCAUUAGUGCUCAGUCCUACAGCAGCAGCCCCUACCUCGAUCUUUCUCUCUUCAGCUACGAUGACAAGUGGGUGUCUGUGAUGGAACGGCCCAAAACAUGUGGAGACCACCCCAUCAGGUUUUACGCUCGGGACUCUGGCUUGCUGAAGUUCAAGAUCCAGGCAGGCCUCCUGGGCCGGCCCAUUAACCAUGCCGUCCGGCGGCUUGUGGCGUUCACAUUCCACCCCUUUGAGCCGUUCGCCAUCUCAGUACAGAGGACCAACGCUGAGUAUGUGGUGAAUUUCCACAUGCGUCAUGUCUGUGUAUGAGAGGAAAGCAGUGGACUAGGCCUGGAGAACUUGGCAUUGUACUGUGUAGAGCAAAAAGCGGUCAUUCUGCCUUUUUUCUCCCCCUAGUUUGAGGAACAAAAUAAGACUGGACUGUGGGCGGAACCACUCAAAGUUGAAAUUGGGAGCUUGGGGAUGGGGGAUGGAUUCCUUGCAGGGACCAAAGAUGUUUUUGGCUGGCUCUCAAAAUGUAUUUUUUUGGUCACAUUUUAUUCUAUGUAUUUUUAUUUAGCCUUUUUACAUUUGUUUUAUAUUUCAAUAAAAUUAUUUAAAUAUUGAUUGUGAUUCUUUAUUAUGAAUAUUUUACUAGAAUAAAGGCUAUCUG